AUGAACUCUGAAAAGCCAGGCUAAAUUGAACAAAUAUUUGCUUAAUCUAUUGCUUCUAGAUAAAAUCAAGGAAAUCAAGGUGUAAACAAUUCUAGAGGUGCCUUUAAUUAAAACUCUAAUAAAGGUGCAAAUUAAGGAUUUUAAUCUAACAACUACUACAACAAAAAUCAAGUCAAAGUCAACAAAAAACAGGAAACUAAUCCACUUCUCAAACACUCAAGAUUUCAGUAUAACAUUAUUGAUGAUCCACAAAUGGUAGAUGACUAUGAUAUUAAUGAUAAAGUAUCAGUACUAUUCCUUCAGCUGAAAUAUCACAUUGCGUACCCCCUCUACAUCAAAUAGAGAUUUGAAGAUGUUUAUAGAAUGCGCAAGAACAGAAAUAAGAUCCUGCUUCUACUAAAUGAUGACAAAGAUGAGCAUAAUAUGAUAAACUCAUUAAUGAUGGAUUGCUUUAAAUUUGAAAUAACUCUAAUUAUGUGUUGGAGUUUCGAAGAAGCUGCCUAAUAUAUUUAGACCUUCAAAUCCUAUGAGAAUAAAACUUAGACUAUGCUGGAGGGCAAGUAAUAUAAUCAGGGUACUACACAUUUUGAACAGGCUGUAGAAUAAGUAAGUUCAAUGAGAAGAGUCAAUAAAACAGAUGCCAAAAAUUUACUAAGUAACUAUGGAUCUAUAGAAGCAAUUAUUAUGGCUCCUAACUAUGAUGAAUUUCUAAAUAUUGAUGGAAUCGGCUAAAACAAGAUUGAUGCUAUCACUCAAUGCUUUAGAGGAAAAUUCUGCAAUCCAAAUGCAACAAAAUCAAAUCAUUGA